AAGGGGCGGUAUUGUAGGCGCGGUCACGUCCGCAUUCGGCGACGGUGGUUUUGACAGUCACAUAAAAGUACAGCUCCCACCGGUUCACCGGAGGAAGUGCUGCAGCUCGACUCCCAGGGACACCGGAUCGGAGCUGAGCGACACCGGGGAUUCGAACCUGCACCGAUAAAACCGGUUCCACAGAUUCGGGACGCCUGGCUGAGGUUACAGAAGCAGAAACAAAGCCGUUUUAUGCGUUAAAGUCUUCCAGAAAGCCUCCACCUUCCAGUGGCCUGCGUUACGUGGGAUGCAGGAGAGUGGGAGAUCCAGCAGAGAGGAUAUUUGAUGCCACUUGGCAACACAAUCAGUCAUGGGGGAUUCUUUCUUCAACUGCUGUUAUGUCCCACCCCAUCCUCCAGGCGAGGAGGAGCUCCGCAGGUCCAGACGCACGGAGAUCAUGGCCUCCCAGUCCACCCACAUCCCCAACGACAAGCGCUUCCUCAUCUUCUUUGACUUUGAUGAGACCAUCGUGGAUGAAACCAGUGAUGACGUAGUGGUGCAGGCGGCCCCGGGUCAGCACCUGCCCGGGUGGCUGAAGGACACCUACCAGCCCGGGAGGUACAACGAGUACAUGCAGCGCGUCCUGGCCUUCCUGGCGGAGCAGGGCGUCACUGAGAGCGACAUCCGGGGCGUGAUGGAGAAGAUCCCCGCCACACCCGGGAUGCUGACCCUCUUCCAGUACCUCCGCAACCGCCCCCAGGACUUUGAGGUGGUCCUGGUGUCCGAUGCCAACACCUUCUUCAUUGAGUCGUGGUUGCGCAGGGCCGGUGCGCGUCCGCUCUUCCACCGCAUCUUCACCAACCCGGCCACCUUCAACAAAGACGGGCGUCUGGUGAUGCGGCCUUUCCACUCCCACGACUGCCCGAGAUGUCCCGAUAACAUGUGCAAGCAGGUGGUCGUCAGGGACUACGUGGCGCGCAGGACGCAGGAGCGGGGCCGCGCGUAUCAGAGGGUCUUCUACGUAGGGGACGGUGCCAAUGACUUCUGCCCCGCGCUCAUCCUCGGGCCCCGUGACGUGGCCUUCUCCCGACGGGACUUCCCCAUGCACCGGCUGAUCCUGGAGACCCACGAGGCCAUGCCGGGGGAGUUCAAGGCGGUCACGGUGCCGUGGGUGAGCGCGGAGGAGGUGGUGCAGCGGCUGAGGAGGCUGGUGGUGGAGUAGGAGAGAGGAGGGGGCAGCUCAGGGGGCUUUAGAGACAUGACAGUCUCAAUCUCAGGUAAAAGAGUCCCACAAACCAUCAGAUCAUUCAGCUGUGUGUGUUUUUAGUGGAUGACGCAUUCAGCCUCAGCGUGCCUCAGUCCAGUUUGUCACGUUUUCACCUCAAAAACACUGGCCUGGUUCAGCAUAAGCAGGUUAAUGAUUAUGGAGCCUCUGUGUUUGUGUACAGACAGAUAUGUAGGGGAAAGGGGAAGGAAUUAAGACUAAGGUGCUUUUUUUUUUUUUUUUUUUCCUUUUUUUCCAUCCACCAUUUGGAAACUGUGUCAGUUUGGGGGAAAUCCGUGUGAAUAAAAGCCUUAAUAGCAAUAUUUAUGAACAGACAGUGUCAGCCAGUUUAGUGGUUGUCACUAAAUAACAAGUGUGUUUUAUCACAAGCAGCACUUUUACAAUACAAAAGAAUACACUCUAAUAAUCUAUAUAAAUUAAAUGUGUUAUUGGGCAUUUAGUAGAGCCAAGAAUAUGAAGAAGCAGUAUUUUAUAAACAUGUAGCUAUCUCAGAAAUGUCCAGGAUUCUGUCUUGGGUGUGUGUUUGUGUAACUUGCCUGUCUGUUACUGUACUGUAUGUCUUUGCUGUAAAACUGAAUGAUUUAUUAACACCAGCAGGAAUAAAGCCAUAAACUGAA